GCCCUGCGCGGUGCGCGGCCCGCGGUGUGGAGUCCGCCAGCCCCGGAGCCGCGUCCCGCACCCUGACGGUCCCGACACAUUGCUAGGCAGUGCAGAUAGACACUGUCCAGGGUAAAAACAAUCUAAUGGAGGAAACUGACAUUGAUCAGAUAAUCAUCCUAUCGAAUAUGUAAUGACAAAGAGCCAUGGGGGUGUUGAUGUCCAAGCGGCAGACAGUGGAGCAGGUGCAGAAGGUGAGCCUGGCUGUGUCUGCCUUCAAGGAUGGGCUGCGGGACAGGCCUUCCAUCCGACGCAUAGGUGAUCUCCCAGGGUCCCGCCGUGGCACUGUAGAGGGCUCUGUCCAGGAGUUACAGGAGGAGAAAGAAGCAGAGGCAAGCACCCCAAUGCUCCAAGAAGAGAGCAGUGUCAACCGUGCAGCCUGGGAGAGGCUCCGAGAUGGGCGUGGAGUGGAGCCCGAGGAGUUUGACAGGACCAACCAUUUCACACCCCCUGCCUUCAUCCGCCCCACCCGGAAGCUGGAUGAUGACAAGCCUCCAGAUAUCUGCUUGGAGCCCAGAGAGCCUGUUGUCAACGAUGAGAUGUGUGAUGUCUGUGAGGUCUGGACAGCCGAGAGCCUCUUCCCAUGCAGGGUCUGCACCAGGGUUUUCCAUGAUGGCUGCCUGCGCCGCAUGGGCUACAUCCAAGAAGACAGUGCAGCAGAGAUGACCGAGAUGGCCCACACGGAAACAGGCUGGAGCUGCCACUACUGUGACAACCUCAACUUGCUGCUAACUGAGGAGGAAAUGUACAGCCUCACAGAGACCUUUCAGCAGUGUAAAGUCAUCCCUGAUUGCUCCCUGACUCUGGAGGACUUCCUGCGCUAUCGCCACCAAGCAGCAAAGCAGGGGGACAGUGACAGGGCUCUAAGUGAGGAGCAAGAGAAGCAGGCAGCCCGCCAGUUUGCAGCUCUGGACCCUGAACAUCGAGGACACAUAGAGUGGCCUGACUUCUUGUCCCAUGAGUCCCUCCUACUUCUGCAGCAAUUGCGUCCCCAGAAUUCUCUAUUAAGGCUUCUGACAGUCAAGGAGCGAGAGCGAGCCCGAGCCACCUUCCUGGCAUGCGGCAGCAGGGGCACUAUCAGUGAGGCAGAGUGCCGCCGCGCCCAGCACUCUUGGUUCUGCAAACGCCUCGCAGGGGCUCCUUCCUGCAGUGUCAGCAUGAGCCAUGUGGGUCGCAUAGCAGACAGCAGCCCAGCCAGGAGCAGCAGCAAGAGCCAGGACAAGGCCCUGCUGCCCACAGAGCAUGAGUCCAGAUUUGUGGACUGGCCUACCUUCCUGCAGGAGAAUGUCAUCUACAUCUUGGCUGCUCGCCCCAACAGCACAGCCAUUCAUCUGAAACCCCCAGGAUAGCAUGGAGCAAGAAGCUCAGUUGGGGGACAGUGGCGUUCUCUCUCUCCUUUCCUUUCUCCCUUUCCCUGACCACCCUCUGGUACUGAAACUUCAGGGGAUGGGGCAUUGCCCGCAUCUCAGUUUGUCACUAAGCUUUAUGGCACUGAAAUCACCAUUCCACUCACAACAGAGGCAGUAAAUGCAUUGCCCAGGGAGAAGCCCUGGGAGCUGUGGCAGCAUCCACUCCUGGACCACCCCCUGCCCUCACAUCAUAGACUGGACCUGCCACUGCACACAUACACAUGCCUAGCUGUCCAUACCUUCAGCAACCUGGUUCUUUUUGGUUGAAAAAGGACCAGAGUUCCUUUGUGAAGCCUCUGGUAUAGAUGAGGGGUCUCUACUUACUCCUCCUACUGGCCAGUUCUGAUUUCUAAUAGGUAAGUCUCUGGCCGAGUGAUUCUUAAUAAGGGGGCAUAUCAGACUCACAUGUUCUCCUCUAUUGAAAACCCCUACUGUGGUGAGCCGCUGUUCUGGUGGGUGUGUGCUGUGUCCCUCAGCUGUGUUUGGGUGGGAAAAUAGUUGAAAACCACCACUGCACUUCAGCCAAUUACUUAUUUAAAUUGCAGUUCCUGGUGACAGAGAAGGCAACUAGUCUGUGGAGUCCUAAUCAGAAAAGGGAGAGGCAGCCUCUCCCAGGGACCCAGCAUUCUAGGAAUCUCUCAGCCAAGUUGUUUAAGUCCUGAUGUCUUUAGCAGAACGGUCAAAAACCAAGGUGAGCCACCCUGGCCCCUGUUUUUCAGAUGGGAGCUCAUGGCCCAGAGCCCAGGGGACCUGAAUGGAACAAGUAUGAUGGCAGGAGGCACAACCCUUUGUGUUAGAUGCUUCACCCAAGUCAGCUACCAGAGAGACCCAAAGCCUGAGCUCCAGUGAGGACAAGGUCCGGAUGGAAGAGCAGAGGAGAAGGCUCAUGCUUUUCCACCCUUCCAGCUCAGCUGCAGACCUAGAAAAGUGUCCCGUUGUGUGGAGAACAGAGCCAGCCUCUUCCACAGCCCAAGAAAGAGCAGCUCCACAGAAGCUCUGAGCAGGGAUUCCUUUGACCCACCCUGACAAUGAGGAUAAGGGGCUGGAGCUAAGAAGAGGAUUGGCACCUCAGCUUUCUUGAGCAGAGCAAGUUGCAGCAAAACCUCACAGGAGGCAGAGGCUUUCCCUUCUCCCAUCACUGAGAUAUGGCCUGAGUUGCUGCGUCUCCCUGCUGCUCACUACAUGUCCUUCCCCACCAGCCUAGGGCCUGGGCCUGGCAUGGAAGGACUUAGGGGACAGGCAGAGGCUGCCACAAGGCCACCAAGCCUGACCUCCAAGCCCCAGCUGUCCUUCCUAAGUUCUCAUCAGGUUUUCAAGUCAGUGCCUGUUGGGGGUCAGCCCUGGCCCUGGGGUUCAGGUUUCUGUUUCCAACCUAAUGACUUAGAUUUAGCCAGAUCUGACUACCAAGAGUUAUUUGUGGGAGUUAGCUCAGUCAUGCAUAAGCUAACAUAUCCCCAUUACUCAAGGCUCUUGUACUAAAUUGGAUGCUUACAGCAUAGUGCUCAGGGUUGAGAUGCUCAGAGAAAAGGGGGGAGCUGCAACCAGGGGCAUGGUGAGAGCACUAUAUGGUCUCUUGCAGAAACUGCCUGACCUAGAAGCAGGGUGAGAAGCUUCUGGAGUUGGAUUGUCUAGAACUGAAGUGAAGCAGAUAGAAGAUGAAUCUAGGUUCAUGUGUAUGGACCUGAACAACCCACAGCUUUUUGUAAAUACUCCUUAGCCAUAGUCCCAAGACUGAUCAGUAGGAGGGGCCAUUAUUCAGUCCAGCCAAAAAAAAAGGAAAAAGAGAAAGCACAUGACCCGGGCCCAAGGACUGCGUCUGAGGCAGCCGGGCCUGGGAUUUUGCACUGAGAAGAUUAAAGCACAUUAGCACAAGGGCUCUCACUUACUCUCCUGGAAAAUCACCUUCUAUGCCAAUCGCCUUGGGCUGCUUGAUCUCACAAAGUGAGCAUUUUGAGUAGUGACACGCUGUAGGCUUUGAGAGCCGAACAGCUUUUUUUCUCCUGCUUUGUCAUCAGUCACAGGGACUGGAGGUCCACCUUGUUCCCUGAUCCCUCACAAAUCAAGGUGAUGCGUUCCUCUCUGGAGCUGCAGCUUCCAGAUUUCUGUGAGUGACUGGUGAAAGACUGUGGGCGAGAUGAGGCUGUCUGUAUCCCAGGGCCUGGCAAAGCAGGCCCCAGAGUUCUUCCACAAUAGGAUCAGGCCCACUUGAGAUUACGCCUCUCCCUAUUCUAGGACAGCAAGCUUCCUUGGUUGGGGUGUGCUGCAGAGGGCCCAGGGGACACUACUCCCAGCAAAGGAUAGAGUUCCCAGCCUACCAGAGUCCUAGGAAGCAGAAAAGCAUGGAGAAGCAACCAGCCUC